CCGCUCGCCUCCCGGCAGGUAGAGCCGGGCUCUGGGCGCGCACGGCGCUGCAGCGGCUGUCACCCCGACCUCGCCUCGGCCCAGCGCAGGGCCUCUCGCGCCUAUGGCCGGUUCCGAGCAGCAGCGGCCUCAGCGGCGGGACGACGGAGACUCGGACGCCGCGGCGGCGGCGGCGCCCCUGCAGGACGCGGAGCUGGCCCUGGCCGGCAUCAACAUGCUGCUCAACAAUGGCUUUAGGGAGUCGGACCAGCUUUUCAAACAAUACAGAAAUCAUAGCCCAUUAAUGAGUUUUGGAGCCAGCUUUGUCAGUUUCUUGAAUGCCAUGAUGACAUUUGAAGAAGAAAAAAUGCAGUUGGCAUGCGAUGACUUAAAAACUACAGAGAAGCUGUGUGAGAGUGAAGAGGCCGGAGUGAUUGAAACAAUCAAGAAUAAAAUUAAGAAGAACGUUGAUGUCCGAAAGUCCGCUCCGUCUGUGGUCGACCGGCUUCAGAGGCAGAUAAUCAUAGCUGACUGUCAGGUUUACCUGGCUGUGCUUUCAUUUGUAAAGCAGGAAUUGUCAGCCUAUAUAAAAGGUGGGUGGAUCCUUAGGAAGGCCUGGAAGAUUUACAAUAAAUGCUAUCUGGACAUCAACACCCUUCAGGAGCUGUAUCAGAAGAAGCUAACGGAAGAGUCCUUGACUUCUGAUGCUGCAAAUGAUAAUCACAUUGUGGCUGAAGGGGUGUCUGAGGAGUCUCUAAACAGACUGAAAGGUGCUGUGAGCUUUGGAUAUGGCCUUUUUCACCUUUGCAUAUCCAUGGUGCCCCCAAACCUGCUCAAAAUCAUCAACCUGCUGGGUUUUCCUGGAGACCGCCUACAGGGGCUUUCUUCACUGAUGUAUGCAAGCGAAAGUAAGGACAUGAAGGCCCCUUUAGCUACAUUGGCGCUGCUCUGGUACCAUACCGUAGUCCGCCCCUUCUUUGCCUUGGACGGCAGCGAUAACAAAGCAGGCCUGGAUGAAGCAAAGGAAAUUCUCCUCAAAAAAGAAGCUGCUUACCCCAAUUCUUCCCUCUUUAUGUUUUUCAAGGGACGGAUACAGCGAUUAGAGUGUCAAAUCAACAGUGCCUUGACGUCUUUCCACACGGCUUUGGAACUUGCCAUCGAUCAGAGAGAGAUUCAGCAUGUGUGUCUGUAUGAAAUUGGUUGGUGCAGCAUGAUAGAACUCAAUUUCAAGGAUGCAUUUGAUUCCUUUGAGAGGCUAAAAAAUGAGUCCAGGUGGUCUCAGUGCUACUAUGCCUACCUGACUGCAGUGUGUCAGGGAGCUACCGGUGACGUGGAUGGGGCACAGAUUGUCUUUAAAGAAGUUCAGAAACUCUUCAAAAGGAAAAACAAUCAGAUUGAACAGUUCUCAGUGAAAAAGGCAGAGAGAUUUCGGAAACAAACCCCAACCAAAGUGCUCUGUGUGUUGGCAUCCAUUGAAGUGCUGUACUUGUGGAAAGCUCUUCCGAACUGCUCCUUCCCCAACCUACAGAGGAUGAGUCAAGCUUGCCAUGAAGUGGACGACUCAUCUGUUGUCGGAUUAAAGUAUUUGCUUCUUGGUGCCAUUCACAAAUGUCUAGGAAACUCACAAGACGCUAUUCAGUUCUUUCAGCGAGCUGUUAAAGAUGAGUUGUGUCGUCAGACUAACUCCUAUGUCCAGCCGUAUGCCUGCUACGAACUUGGCUGUCUUCUAAUAGACAAACCAGAGACUGUUGGAAGAGGCAGAACUCUCCUUCUUCAAGCAAAGGAGGACUUCUCUGGCUACGACUUUGAAAACAGAUUGCAUGUCCGCAUCCAUGCUGCUCUGGCCUCUCUGCGGGAAUUGGUUCCUCAGUGACAGACCCAGCGUGCCCGCUCUGUCCCUCCCCACCCAGGGUCUGCACUUUAAAAUAAAAGCAGAAGACAAGACUCUUGUGAAGAUCGGCUUUUCUUCUGAAAAACCACCUGUGCCAGGGACACAUUUGCCCAGUUAAGCUGACAUAUUAAAGAUGUCCUCUUUUAAACAUAUAGCUAAAAAGUAAUGAUGAUGAUGAUGAUGAUCACCUGGGGAGAAGGUUAAGUGACCUUGUUCAAACAUUUUAGUUUUGCAAUUUAUUUUUAAAAUAAAAUCGAACUAAAUAUUCAACCUAUGAAAUGAUCUUGUAGGAACACCUACCUUGAGCACAUAUCUGAAUGGGUAACAUGACGAGGUAAUAAUUGUAAAAAUAUUAACAGUAUCAUGGCAUAGCAUUUAUAUUGUGUUUUGAAAAAAUAAAAGUGCUUUCUAGUGUUUACUUUAUCCUC